AUGGAACCAAAGCAGCCAGUUACUGCACAGCCGGCGGCCAGCCCGGUCCUCUGCCUGCGUAACACUUGUGUCAACAGCCGCCGUACGCUGUGGCAGACUUCACGUAGGCCCGUUCGCCGCGACCUCGCCGUGGGACAGAAAGACAGAGAGAGACCGGGACAGCAGACCAGCCUUCACACGUGCUCCCUCAGCCGGCUGAGUUGGGUGGCUGUCAGCAGGAGUGGUCCAGUGGCGGCACAGCUCCCGUCAAACGGGGCCCUUCCAGCACCGACGCAGGAUGCGCCCACAGUGCCUUCUGCCGCCACUGCAGCUGCUGCUGAUAAUGGCGGGCGUCAGCGCUCAAGACUGCAGGCCGCCAGGACACUGGUGCGCUGAUGAUUACGCCUGCUGCGAUGGUUGCUGCCUCUCAGGAGUGUGUGAGUACACAAGGGCACCUUGCUACAUUGAUCGAGAUGAUAUGUGUCUGAGUCAUUACUGUCCUGGUGGUUUCGAGUGCUACCUGUACCAACCACACGUAUCAGUGGCACCAUAUCCAGAUUGUCGACCAGUUAAAAACUAAAUAAAGUUUGAUAGAAUGUUGAUCUGCAGUGAGUUUCUUGAAUGUGUUUCAAUAAUGAUAUCAGAUAAUUCACUUUUAAAAAGUGAUUCAAAUUCAAUAAACAUUACUCAUAUCAUAAGAUGUCAUUUUUAAAUAAAUCACUUCUCAUGCAAUCAAUUGACUGUAACAACAGUUAGUGCCAUUAAGAAGGUAAAAAAUGGAAAAUAUUGAACAUAUACUAAACAUGUACAAUCUACCUCCAAGGAACAUAAGCAGAAAAAUAGUGAUUAAUGCUAAGGUGGUAAAUAGUACUUUUGCUUAUCCUGUGUGGAUGAAGAACCUAUGAGAACGAAACCCUAUGAUAUAAUAAAUGUUAUUUUCACAUUUAA